AUGUCAGGUUCUAUAGACGUAAUAGGGAUAAAGAAGCAGAUGAAGCACCAGGAGGACUCUAAUGGUGUUGAGGGAACAUAUUCAGAGGAUAACAGCAUCAUAGGCUCACUUAAUCCUCCUAACUUAGCCAUUAUCAAGAAAGGUAUCCUACCAAAUCCUCAUUAUGUAUGUGGGUAUAAUGAAGACCAACCUUCUGCUGCAAGACUCCAGUACGAGGAAUUGGACGUAUCAGGAUAUCAUACACUCUCCUUUAACCCUGCUGUGUAUUUUCGAGUUAGAGGAGACGCUAACAGCUCUUCCACAUUAUUGUCUCUACUAGUGUAUCUAGGAAUAGACCGCCAACUAGCUGGUACUCGACAUCUACUUUCUCUAUGUCUAUCUGAUGGUAUAGGAGGAUUUACAUCUGUUCUUUAUUGUAAUAUGCAAGAUGGUACAAUAGUUUGGCAUACUUAUCCUGAAGAAUUUGUCCAAAUGUCGAAACCAACUGUAGCAUGGCAGACUGAUGAAACUAGAAGAAACAUAGUCAUUACUGAUCAUAUCGAACAAGGAUUGUAUGACUUACAAGUAGAGCAUACAUGGGAGGCAUUUAGAACCAUUUUUUUGUCGUGUGUGAAUCCUGACCCAGCAAGCACGCAAAAGUUUUUCUGUGUAGUGAACCGGCUUUUCGACUUUUGA